GGUCUCGACGCUGCCACACACUCUCCGCCGUCAGUAGGUCAGCAACCUCCGCUCACCUCCGCCACCCUUCGCUCCAUCACCGACCCAACAUCCAUCAUGAGGGAAAUCGUGCACAUCCAGGCCGGCCAGUGCGGGAACCAGAUCGGUGCAAAGUUCUGGGAGGUGAUCAGCGAUGAGCACGGCAUCGACCCCACGGGGACCUACCACGGAGACAGCGACCUGCAGCUGGACCGGAUCAGCGUGUAUUACAAUGAAGCCACAGGUGGGAAGUAUGUGCCCAGAGCCAUCCUAGUUGACCUGGAACCAGGAACCAUGGACUCGGUGCGCUCUGGACCCUUUGGGCAAAUCUUCAGACCCGACAACUUUGUGUUUGGUCAAAGUGGGGCAGGAAACAACUGGGCCAAAGGUCACUACACAGAGGGGGCAGAGCUGGUGGACUCGGUCCUGGAUGUGGUGAGGAAGGAGGCAGAGAGCUGCGAGUGCCUGCAGGGUUUCCAGCUCACGCACUCUCUGGGAGGAGGCACCGGCUCCGGCAUGGGAACGCUGCUCAUCAGCAAGAUCCGAGAGGAGUACCCCGACCGCAUCAUGAACACCUUCAGCGUGGUGCCCUCCCCCAAGGUGUCGGACACCGUGGUUGAGCCGUAUAACGCCACGCUGUCGGUUCACCAGCUGGUAGAAAACACCGAUGAGACCUACUGCAUCGAUAAUGAGGCUCUUUACGACAUCUGCUUCCGCACCCUCAAACUCACGACGCCCACCUACGGCGACCUCAACCACCUUGUCUCAGCCACCAUGAGCGGCGUGACCACCUGCCUGCGCUUCCCCGGUCAGCUGAACGCCGAUCUGAGGAAGCUGGCCGUCAACAUGGUGCCCUUCCCCCGUCUGCACUUCUUCAUGCCCGGCUUCGCCCCCCUCACCAGCCGGGGGAGCCAGCAGUACCGUGCCCUGACCGUGCCCGAGCUCACCCAGCAGGUGUUUGACGCCAAAAACAUGAUGGCAGCCUGCGACCCUCGCCACGGCCGCUACCUGACGGUGGCUGCCGUGUUCCGCGGCCGCAUGUCCAUGAAGGAGGUGGAUGAGCAGAUGCUGAACGUCCAGAACAAGAACAGCAGCUACUUCGUGGAGUGGAUCCCCAACAACGUGAAGACGGCCGUCUGCGACAUCCCGCCGCGUGGCCUGAAGAUGGCCGUCACCUUCAUCGGCAACAGCACGGCCAUACAGGAGCUGUUCAAACGCAUCUCCGAGCAGUUCACCGCCAUGUUCCGCCGCAAGGCCUUCCUCCACUGGUACACCGGCGAGGGCAUGGACGAGAUGGAGUUCACCGAGGCCGAGAGCAACAUGAAUGACCUGGUGUCCGAGUACCAGCAGUACCAGGACGCCACGGCCGAGGAGGAGGGGGAGUUCGAGGAGGAGGUCGAGGAAGAUGCCUGAGUAACAGCAACACAGAAGGAUGGAGGAGAGAGAAAGUUCAUAACCAAAAACAAAAAAAAAAAUAAAAGUAAAAAAUCAUGAAUGAAGGAAGAAGAGGUGAAGAAGGUCGGUGGAGGUCUGAGUCUGUCACCAGGACAGAAGAAGAAAGAUGAUGUCAUCACCAAAUGAAUGUGCCAUGGUUUCCUGUUUCAUCCAAACGAGUCUCCCAAAUCUUUUUACUCCACGUCAAAGCGAGCAGCUCCCACACAGACGUGUGCUUCUUCAGUUUCCUAAAAACUGUGAAGGAUCCAGCUGAGUGUUAGCAGUGCUGUGACAUCACUUCCUGCUGAUCUGCAUCCAUACGUCACACAGAUGGGUUUAUUAGUUUCUCCCAUAAAUGUCUCAUCCUCAGUGGGAAACAUCGUCUCUGGACCUCUGAGCUGAUUUAUGGAGCAGCCCAAAUAUUUCUGUUGUGUUUCUAAAUGAAUCCAGUCUGUGGGUCUGAGCCUGAUUUAGUAGCAGUAACAGAGCUUCAUGAGGCAGCUCAGGUUUGACAUCAGAACGUGAUGUCGUUCCGGAGGUUCGAGCGCUGUGACUGAGGCUAAACCAGGUCUGUAAGCUUCUAAUGAGUCACGCCAUCAUCAGUAUUAAUGACUUUACUCAGUUCAAUAAACACAUCAGCAGAGUUUUAAUGUUGCAGCAGCUGAUUUUUCUCAGACGCCAGCCAACGUUAUGAGGAGGAACGCCCACUGCACAUGCUCAGAACGCAGGUCAGGUCAUGGAGGGGCCCUCAGAAGCUCGGGCUAACACAGUCGCAGCUACUCGGGCUCAAAAGCACGUCGACUGUGCUGGAUUCGAACCAUCUGCUGAACUGUUUGAAAAGACUAUCAAAGUUAUGAGUUAUAAUCAGGUUUUCAGGCACAGUGGGACUCAGUGCUGAGAAGCUCAGACUGCAGGAAUGAUUUGUUCCCACCUCACUGUUAGAGACCCAAAACAUUCAGUCUGAAAUCCACCCGUAACAUUCUUUAAAAAUAAAAUACCCAGGUGGUUUUAUUUUGAAAGAAAAACACUACUUUGCAGUUUUAUUUUUCAUCCUGUGACGUAUUUCCUGUCUGAGCCACAGUGUGCUUUGUGUUUGUGUUCAGUGUGAGUCUCAGCUGUGUGUUUGUGUGUUUUAUGUUGUUUUAAAUAUAUUUUAAAGCUCUUUUGGAACGUUUCAUUCGAUCCUGUUGACUGUGAAACAUUUGGGAGAAAUAAAAACACAUUUAUAGGAACAACAAA